UGUUUUGUAUGCAGAACAAUAAACUUCAUGAUGCUGCCCUGCUAAGAGGAAAUACUGGCCCAGUGAGAAGAACCAGUGUUUUACCUGCCACAGAGCAGAACAGCUCUGACUGGAGACAGCAUGGAGUUGAUACCUAGUAGCUGUUUCCUCUGGCAUUAACAGUCUGUGUGACAGUGACUUUUCCUCUAUGGCCAGCCAGAGCAGAAAUAACAAAAUCUUGCUGGAUCUGGUGCAGCAGCCGGGAAACAACCUAUGUGCUGACUGUGCAGCCUCUGAACCUGACUGGGCCUCAUACACCCUUGGCGUGUUUGUGUGCCUGAACUGUUCGGGCUUGCACCGCAACUUGUCCACUGUCAGCAAAGUGAAAUCCAUACGACUGGAUUUCUGGGAUGAUUCAUUAGUGCAGUUCAUGCAGGAGAGGGGGAAUUCUUCUGCUAGAGCCAUUUUCGAGAAGUGUGUCCCUGCCUUCUAUUACAGGCCAAACCAUGAUGACUGCAUGGUUCUUAAGGAACAAUGGAUCCGUGCAAAGUAUGAAAGAAGGGAGUUCACUGGAGGACAAAAUGAAUUUCUGCAAACUUACACAUUAGAUUUGUUCACGUCAACACUCUGGAAGAAGGGAAAAGACAAAAAACAGUAUCUAAGAAGAAUCUUUCAGUUGUCUCAAAAGGAUUUCACCCUCAGAUACUUCACUAAGGAGGAUUCCAAGGUUGCCAAAACAGUUAUCAGCAUGAAGGAUCUGAAUGCAUAUUUCCAGCCAGAGAAGAUGGGUCAUGUUCAUGGGCUGCAGAUUUCCUAUCUGGAAGACGAGCGCACAAGGAAUCUGUUUGUUUACCAUGAGAGUGGGCAGGUCAUCGUAGCCUUCUUCAAUGCUAUUCGCGCCACACGCUUUGCGUACCUCCUGAAGAAACACCCCACUCUUCAACAUAGUGAUCUGAUACAUCAAAUUACGAAACACAGCCUGAAGGAGGGUUAUAUGGAGAAAACUGGCCCAACGCAACGUGAGCCGUUUAAGAAGAGGUGGUUCACUCUGUGCUCAGUGACCAGGAAGCUUCUGUAUUUUAAAUCUCCACUGGAUGCAACAGAUUUAGGCGGUGUCUUCAUCGGGUCCCAGGACCACGGCUACACCGUGUCGGAGAGCAGCGGCCGGUGCACGAGGUCAGGCCGGUGGCACUGCGGGAUCACGUUGGAAACUCCGAGCAGGCAGUUUGUGUUCAUGUGUGAGCAGGAGCAGGAGAGGAGGGAGUGGAUGGAGGCCUUCGGCAAGGUCAUCUCCCAACCCAUGACUCCGGAAGAUUACGCUAAUGAAGCCACUUUGAGGAGAGGGAAAUGACUGGGACACUUUCACAAAGCGACUCUGCAGAAGUUACUGCUACAGCUGAGCUGCUUUGGCUUCCUGGGACUGAUGUAGAUCAGAAGCAUUAUCUCCUUAGUUAUAGUUGUUGGUGUUUUACUGGAAUUAGAAAAGCAUUUUUACUGUAUACUUUAUGUACUGAAUGAAACCAAAUACUGUAUUUAUAUCAAUACUGACUUUAGAUAGAUAACAAUUGUAUAAUAAUCACUCCCAAUUUUUACCAUGUUUUGUAUAGAUUUUGUAAUGUAAGUUAAUUUGCACAUUUUUAAAGAUUACAGUUUUCCUUUGUUACUGACCGUGACUCUAACAGGUAUAAAUAUUAGAUACCUUUA